AUGGGUGAAUCGCUUGAGAAUGGUUGUGUCGCAUGUGGGUGGACACUUGACAAAGAAAGACGAUGCCAUUAUACUAGCCACCUCAAACUCUUCUAUGGUGCAUCUACACGGGGUGUAUGGUCUAUCGGAUCAGAUGCAAUACUGAAAGACCGACCCGACGAGGGUCCCAAAGCAAAAAUCGAAGUAAAAACAUUGGCAUAUUUAGCGAGCAAUACCGAUAUUCCCAUCCCGAAAGUUUUACGAGACUGGGUUGAUCGAGAUGGGCGCUACUUCGUUUUGAACGAACGCAUCAGUGGCAAGACGCUCGAGGAGGCAUGGACUUCUCUGUCAGAAACCCAAAAAAAAUAG